AUGAUAUAAUCAAUAAAUAGUCACAUGUACAAAAAUUUAACAGCUAUGUAGGUUUAUAUAAUUGGAGAUAAAUUAUUUGAAUAAACUUACAAUUUUAACCUUACAAAUAAUAUUAGAAAAAAAAAGUAUCAUUUUUAAAAUUAUGUUAUCAUGCGUUUUUAUAAGAAAUUCUAUAAGUUUUUGAAAAAAAUUGAUAAGAAAAUUAAAAUACUUGAACCUUAAAAUAAAUUGGUAACUAUAAUUAAUUUCUUAAAUCUUCUUUCUUUAAUUUAAUUAUUCUUUAUUUUUACUAUAAAAGUAAGCUUAUAAACAACCAAAUUCAUAUCUUCUUAUAAUAUUUAAAUAUAUAUAAGUAUUUUUUUUGUUAUACUUAAUUCUUUAAUGAAUUUAAAUACCGGGUUUUAUUAAAAAGGUAUAGUUUGUAAAGAAAGAUAUUAAAUUUUAUAAUACUAUAAAUCACAAUAUUUAUUUAAAGAUCUUUUAUUCUUAUUAUCAGUAGUAUUUUUAUCUAUGGAAAGUUAAAAUGCAUAACUUAAAAAUAUAAAUAAUUGGUUUUAGUUAAUAUUAAUUUUUAUUCUAUUGAUUAAACUAUAAGAUUUUAAUUAAAUAAUAAAUAAAUUUGAAUAAAUUUUUCUUUUAAAAUAAAAAACUUAAAAUAUUAUUUCUUUGAUGAAACUAUUUUCUUUUAUAAUUUUUUUUCUUCAUUUAAUAUGCUGUUUAUGGUUAUAUGUAAGUUUUUUAAAUCCUAAUAUGAAUUGGCUUAGCAAAUUAUAAAUACAGGACUAAGAAUGGCAUGUCAAAUAUAUUUAUUCUUUUUAUUUUUCAACUACAACAUUAACUACUGUAGGAUUUGGUGAUAUAUAACCUAGUAAUAUUUAAGAAGCUACAUGUUGUGUAUUUAUAAUGCUUUUUUGUUGUGGAACAUAUGGGUUUAUUUUGAAUUAAGUUGGUUCGAUUCUUUAAGAAUUUAAUUAAGAUGAAAAAUAAAUGAAAUUAAAGUUUGAUAAUAUAAAUUAAUAUAUGUCAAAAAAAAAUAUUAGCAAUAGCCUUAAAAAUGAAAUUAGAGAAUAUUUAGAAUAUGUUUGGACAGAAAGUAAUUAAGAAAUGAUUAUUUAAAGCAAAGAAAUUCUUAAUUAAUUAAAUGAAAAUUUAUAUAAUAAUUUUUAAUAUGAAUAAAAUAAAACACUAAUUAAAUAUUUUGAAAAAUAUUUUAGUAAAGACUUUACGGAAUAAAUAAAUUCUAUAAUUUAAGAAAAGUAAACAAAUCCUAAAGAAAUAAUAUAUGAAAAUGGUUAAAUAGAUGAUUAAUCUAUUUAUUUUAUUGAAAAAGGUUAUGUAGAAAUUUAUUUAAAAAAUGAAAAAAAAAUAUUGAAAGUAAUUUUUUUUUUUUUUUUUUUUGAUUUAAAAAAAUAAAGGUUAUCGGUAAAGAUAAUAUAUUUGGUCAAUAAUAAUUUUUUGAUGGAAAAGAAAGAAAUUUUAAUGUAAGAGCUUAAGAUUCUUUACAUUGUUUAAAAAUCAAAAGAAAUGACUUUUUAAAGCUACUUUAAGAUUAUCCAGAAGAUUAUGAGAAAUUUUUAUAUAUAAAAGAUAAAAUAAUUCUAGAUAAAGAAAUAAAAAUUUUAGAAUUAAAAUGCUUUAGCUGUCAAAGUUAUUGUCAUGUAUAUUAAAACUGUAAUUAUUUGA